AUGGGUCGCCCACGUCGAGCAUCCAGUAACCUCGGGGGCGACCCUCGAGGGGACACCAGUGCACCAGCAUUUGCAACCAUGACCCAGAGACCGCCAUCACAGCCUUCUGUAUGCGCAACCCCUCCGCAACUCCUCCUCUCGUCAGUACGUUUUGGCGCUAACAGUCUGCAGGCAAGUGAGAACAUGAAAGACCUGAAGCCUCAUUCGAAGCGUCGCAAAGCUCGGUCGGCGUUCCGCAAAUGGAGACAGCUAUCCUUGCGACACACUUGGAUCAAUCCUCUCAUAAUCAUGGUGGCCAUCUUGAUUGCAUAUUCGAUCAACCCAGGCGAGCAAAAUCCUCUUCACCAAGCCAUUUUCCUGUCUUACCCUCUUGGACCGGAUUACCCGGGCGGACCGAAGAUGUAUGGCAAAGGGAAAGCCGACAUUGCAUUUGUGGCCUUUUACACAGUGGUGUUGAGUUUUACAAGAGAGUUCCUGAUGCAAAGGGUCAUCCGGCCGUUGGCUCUCAAGUGCGGCAUCAGGAAGAAGGGGAAACAGGCGCGGUUCAUGGAGCAAGUGUACACGGCGGUAUACUUUUCCAUUUUCGGGCCCUUUGGCCUGUACGUGAUGUCGAGGGGCCCUCUUUGGUACUUCAACACUACAGCCAUGUUUGAGGGAUUUCCUCACCGGAAGCAUGAGGCGUUGUUCAAGGCCUACUAUCUGCUCCAAGCUAGUUACUGGGCUCAGCAGGCGAUUGUCCUUUUGCUGCAACUGGAGAAGCCGCGAAAAGACUUUAAAGAGCUGGUUCUCCAUCACGUCGUGACUUUGGCUCUGAUUGGGCUAAGUUAUCGCUUUCACUUCACGUACAUGGGCAUUGCCGUGUACAUUACCCAUGAUAUCAGUGAUUUUUUCCUAGCGACGUCCAAGACACUGAACUACCUCGACCACCCCCUGGUGGGCCCAUACUUUGGUCUUUUCGUGUGUGUGUGGAUCUAUCUCCGUCACUACAUCAACUUGAUAAUACUGUGGGCGACCUUGACCAAGUUCCGCACCGUUGGGCCUUAUGAGUUGGAUUGGGAGACUCAGCAGUACAAGUGCUGGAUCAGCCAGAUUAUCACGUUUGCCCUGCUGGCGUGUCUUCAGGCCGUGAACUUGUUUUGGCUGUACUUGAUCUUCCGCAUCGCGAAGAACUAUCUGACCGCGAAUAUCGCGGUCGAUGAGCGUAGUGAAGAUGAGGACGAUGACGACGAGGUUGAGGCCGAGGCCGAUGCCAGUGGAAAACAGAUCGCUGGGGACGAGUCGAAAAUGAAUGGGACCAAGCCUGUCGUCCUUCUCAACGGUGAACCUGUUGAAGGGCAGCCGAAGCAAGACACUGGCAAGGUGCGGGAACGGAAAAGGAAGGCUUGA